AUGGACACGAGCUACCUCGCCCAGCAAGUCACCACCAUCAUCGGCCAGCUGCACGGCCUGUUCGACGAGAUUGGAGUGCCCAGCCAUGAGCGGGACUCGCGCGAGGCGGAGCUCUUCUCAGCUCUGUCGGAAACGCUGCACAGCCAGCUCCGCCAGGUGACGAACGAGAAGCAUGAGAUGACUGAGGAGGCGCAUCGCUUGAUCAAGACGAUUAGGCAGAUGGAAGCGGCGCUGGAGGACAACAAGCCAAAUCCGAACUACGAAGCCAACGAUGGCAUGGGGGUCACCUACCCGCUGACGCGCUGUAUGAAGGAGUUGAAGGAGAAGUACAAUGCGGUUAGCAAGCUACAUCGCGAGCGCUUUGAGCAAGUGCGGAAACUUGCCGAAGCUCUUGAAUCCUAUGCAUCCCAUCUCGAAUCAUCCUUCGUGCAGAUCAAGCUCCCUCCUACCGGGCCCAACGCCAUCGUAUCCCCAUCCUUCGACAUCUCCCCGUCCUACGUCGCGGCGCUUGACAAUGAGUUUAGUCGCGUCUACGAGGAAUACAAUCGCCGACUGAACACGGUCACGGUCGUGUGCCAGGAAAUUAUUCAACUGUGGGCGGAGCUAGGAACACCGCAAGCCCAAACGGACAGCACGAUUGUCAAGUGUCAUCGCGAGGCGCCAGAGCAGCUGGGUCUGCACAAAGAUGACCUUGCACAGCUGAGGGCGAGGAAGGAGCGACUGGUGGAGGAGAAGCGCGGUCGAGAACGUAGGCUGGCCCAGCUGCGCACAACUAUUGAGGACCUGUGGGACCGUCUUGGAAUUGAGCAGCAUGAGCGCAAGCAAUUCCUAGCGAAUAACCGUGGAUGCGGCCUACGGACCAUCAACGAGUUCGAGGACGAACUGGCUAGACUGAACGAGCUCAAGCGCCAGAACCUUCACCUAUUCGUUGAAGAAGCCCGAUGCAAGCUGCAAGAGCUGUGGGAUGCUCUCUACUUCUCCGAAGAGGAGAUGCUCGACUUUACGCCGGCCUUCUCAGAGAUAGAUGUCUGCAGUGACGCACUCCUCUCUGCGCACGAAGCUGAGAUUGCCCGACUGGAAGCACUCAAGGAACAGCGACUGCCAAUUCUGCAGAGGAUCGAGCGACACCGCGAGCUCGUGAAAGAGCGGGAUGACCUCGCAGCGUCAAGCCAGGAUGCGUCCCGUCUUAUGGCGCGCGGAAACAAAGGAGAGAGGCGCGACCCGGGGAAGCUGUUGAGGGAAGAAAAGAUGCGAAAGCGUAUCGCAAAGGAGUUGCCCAAAAUUGAGGCUGACCUGAAGAAGACGCUCGAGAAGUGGGAGGACGAGUAUGGCCGGCCUUUCCUGGUCCUCGGCGAGCGGUACCUGGAUGAGCUGUACGCUUCGGCAGCAAAGGCUCCUCCGCCCCGGUCGAAGACUCCAUCCGCAGCUCCCAUGCCGGCGAAGCAAGCUCCCAAGGCUGCCUCUGCUAGUCGCGCCGGUACCGUACGUGGACCGCCUCCAAGCCGAGCGAAGACGCCGGUAUCAAACAUGGGUGCCAGUAUAUCCCGCAAUCCGCUCGGCAGCUCCGUGUCGGCAGCCUCCGGAGCAAAGAGUCCAUCGAAGAUCCCAUCGCGUGCUCCGCUGAAGACCAUGCCGCAUGGAGGUAACUCACCUGAGCGACGACCGCAACACCAGAGGGAAGAUUCGACCAUCCGGAAGAUGCCUCCACCAAUGGCUCCUCCGCCACGGAUGAAGGAUCUUUUCGUCCCACCAGAGCCGGCAGCAACACCAGCGAAUCAAUUCGAUUUCAACCGUAGCGACCGCAGCGACAGCAUCGUACGUCACGUUCCACCAGAGGAUCCGUACGACGACCGAACCUACAUGUCGCACAGCAUGCGAGUGGGCUACACGCCUCAGUAUGCUCCUCCUGUGCCUAGCAGCAGGCAGAUAUCACAGACGUCAUCAACCGGCACAGGGGCUACCAUGCAGUCUGGAUCGGAAAACUGGGAGACCUUCAGCGAGCAAUCCGAAGAACCACCGGAGCGCGACGUCGACUUCUACAAGUACCGCCAGGCGGCUGCCCGUAACAAGCGCUUCACGCCUGAAGGCGGGCAUGCCGCGUCGCCACGUGGGGUGCAUGGCAAGAAGCUCAGGAGCGUACGCCAAGUGGAUGGCGACCUAAUGAUGGAGGAAGGCGGGCGGAUGGUGCGGGUCGUUGAAGGCAGCGAAGCCGGAUGGACUGACGACGGCGACUAUUGA